UUUUAGAGCAUUAUGUUAUGUGACAUCGGUUCGGAAUCCGACACGAAUUUUGUCUUUGAAGGCGCUCGAUUAUGAACGGUCCGGAAAAUACACAGAAAACAGCUUGUGUUCUGUUUUUUUCCCUGAUGGGCAGCGAGCCGUUUUUGGAGAAACUUGUGAAAGAAAAGUAGAGUCAAACAAUCUGUGGAAAUCAGAAAUGGUUAUGGCACAACUACCAAAUACACAAUAUGUUGCCCAUGAGUUUGUACGUCAAUAUUACACCAUGCUUCAUAAGGAUCCUUCGCAACUUCACAGAUUUUACACAAGAGAAUCUCGUCUAACCCAUGGUGUUUCACCUAAUGCAAAAUCAGAAGAUCCAGUUUGUGGGCAAGAGGCGAUAAAUGACAAAAUAUCUCAACUGCAUUUCCGAAAUUGUCAUGCAAAAAUCAGAUCUGUGGACAGCCACCCAACUAUUGGAGGAGGUGUCGUCAUCCAAGUCACUGGAGAACUAUCUAAUGCGGGAAUGCCAAUGAGAAAGUUUAUGCAAACCUUUGUUUUGGCACAACAGGAACCCAAGAAAUACAACGUGUUCAAUGAUAUUUUCCGAUACCAGGACGAAACCUUUGAAGAUACUGAGAAUGAUGAAACUGUGGAUGGAACUGUUGAGUCAGAAAAUGGUUACCAAAAUCAUGACCCUGCUGGCAUGGUGGGACAGAUGGAUACCAUUCCUGACAAUGAAACCGAAGUGCCAGCUGUUGAUGCUGCUUCUGCUAUUCCACUUGUCAAUGAUGAUCACUUCAAUGAUGACCACUUUCAAUAUGUUCCCAAUGCUCCUGCACAAACCACUGAAGAAAAUGCAGAUGCUUAUGCGGAAGAUGAUCGUUUGCAAGAAGAUAGUGAUGAAUUUGCAAAACCGGCUGAAGAGGAUUAUCCUGUGUCAAAAUCUGUUGACGAUCAAGUUGAACAAUCACAUGAAGCAUCUGCUAGUGAUGAACAAGAAGCUAAAGAAGAUGAUGGGACUGAAUUCAAGGAGUACGAAGAUGUACAAGUUGAUGAAACGACUGAGGCUGCAAAUAAGCCCACUGAACCAGAUGCUAAUGAAUCCAGCAAACCUGUGACAUGGGCUGCUCUUGCUAAAAAGAAUACCACAUCCACGUCAGCCAACUCUUCGCCGGUGUCUAAACCUGCUCCAAAAAAGCCUGUACAGACUCAACAAAGACCUAAGAAACGCGAAGAAGCUCCUGUUACUAAAAAGGAAACUCCGGAAGAGCCAAGGAGAAGGGGCGCUGCACCAGAUAGUCAUCAGAUCUUCAUUGGAAAUUUACCAGUAACAGUGACUGAAAAAGACGUCAGGGAAGCGUUUAAAGAAUAUGGAACCAUCGUUGAAGUUCGAUUAAAUCCAAAGAACUUUGGAUUUGUCGCCUUUACUGGACCUGAAGCCCCGACUACAAUUUUACAAAAUAAAACGAAACAGAUUGUAAUUCACAACCACACAAUAAACACGGAAGAAAAACGUUCGGUUAGUGGAUCAGGUCGAGGUGGUGGUGGUGGUGGAAGUGGGGGUGGCGGAGGAGGCUUCCGAAGAGGAGACAGAGACUCUGCUCGAGGACGUAACGACCAAAAUAAAAAUAGAACUGGCAGUGGACAAAAUAGAUCAGGCAGGAACACUACUUACACACAAAAACAAUCUCGAAGUGGCGAUGACAACAAAACAGAAAGAAAUAAGGACCAGAAAGCUCCUCGAGAGCAAAAGCAAAGCAAACGAUAGUACUUAUUUAAUAAAUAGGUUUAGGAUUUUUUUUAAUUUACGUUUCUAAUAACGUAGCAAAUGGACCUUAAAUUUAUCAGCUUUGUUACCUGGAAAGCCUACCACGAUGUGUGUUUUUCGUUUGUAAAUUUCUACCAUUAUUUCUUAUUGUUUACGAAUUGCGUUGAAGUGUAAGGGCAUUCAAGAUUCGAUAUCCAACUAUAUUGUGCUUUUACACAUCCGCCAAUUCAAACACGCAAAAGUAUCGAAAAUUAUGAUCGAAUUAACGAAUGUUCGAAUUAAAGAAGAGACAAAAGAAGAAUGUCAAAAGGCAGGCAAGGGAACAAAAAAUUCGGUCAAAUUAGUGUAUGUAUGAAUUAGCGUUUGUGUACUUUUUGCAAAGUUAGUUUUUAUAGUGGUUUAUGGAUUUUGGACAUUCAUGUAACAUCUGAAAGUUUGUAUUGUAGUAAUACUUCUCUCCACGAAUUGAAUUAUCUAUAAAAAAAAUUUGAUUAUUCAAA